AUGAUGCCAUCUUGGCCACAGAAUAUAACAUCAUCAUCAUCUUCUUCUUCUUCUUCUCCUGUUCCUCCCUCUCGUACAAAUACAGGUAGUAGUAUACAACAGCAGCGUUUAUCUGGUGUAGUUGGUGGUAUACAAGGAGGAACAUCAUCAACCCCUAGCAGCAGCAGCAGCACAGCAGCAACAACAACAACAGCAACAUCAUCAUCAUCAUCAUCAUCAUCAUCAGCAGCAGCAGCAGCAAAGACAGGAGGAAUAAAAGGACCAAGCUAUAAGACAGUAUUAUUAGGAGAUGCAUCUGUAGGUAAAUCAAGUUUAGUAUUACGUUUUGUUAAGAAUACAUUCUCUAAUACAAUGGAGACAACAAUAGGUGCAGCAUUUUUUGCUAAGACAGUAGAUAUAGAUGGAGAAGGAGUAAAGUUUGAGGUAUGGGAUACAGCAGGACAAGAAAGAUUUUCUUCAUUAGCUCCUAUGUAUUAUAGAGGUGCAGCAGCAGCUAUAAUUGUAUAUGACCAGACCAAUGGUCCAUCAUACGAACGGGCUAAGAUGUGGGUACAACAAUUACAAUUAAGUUAUAAUCCUAAUAUAAUAAUAGCAUUAGCAGCAAAUAAGGCAGAUAUAAAUAAUAAACAAAUAGAUGUACAUACAGCUAAAUUAUAUGCAGAAGAGAAUCAGCUUAUUUUCUUAGAGACUUCAGCAAGAACAGGAUUAAAUGUUCAACUUUUAUUCCAAUUAAUUGCAAGAAGAUUAAAAAAUCAACAAUUAAAUCUCCAGCACCAGCAGCAGCAGCAACAACAUUAUUCAGGUGUACAGACACUUAAACUUACUAAUGAUUCUUUUAAUCAACAUAAUAAUAAUUCACUUUCUUCUAGGUUUGGAUGUUGUGCUUCUUCUUAA